AUGGAUAAUCAUCAACAAAAUACAACAACACUACAGUCUCAAUCAGUAUUGAAUAAUAAUGCUGUUGAUCUUGAUGAUGAAAAUAAUAUGAAGACUACCAACGAAAUACCUACAAUUGAUAGCAAUAGAAAUAGUAUUGACGAUCAAGUAAUAACAUCUGUAUGUGAUAGUACGAAUGAAUCAGCUGCAUCCAUUAAUGAUCGAAACACAAUAAAAACGACUCGUAAAUCUCAUCAACAAGCUGCUCAAGAUCAAUUUCCAAACGAAGACGAAAAUAAAAAGCAUAGACAACGAUCCGUAUCCGUAUCAUCAUCAUCAUCUUCUACAUCAACUGAUAAUGAAACAUCUAAUAUUCCUUAUGAAACAUUACACAAUGAAGAUGAAGAUGAUCAAUCUGAUCACAUUACACCAUAA